AAUGUAUAUCAAAUGAAAUUUACAACUAACGAGAUUUAAGCAAACAUAUAAAAAUUGUUGGGACAACCGCUGAUCAUGUAAGUUAGUGAAGGGCUAGUAUUUGAAAUAAACAAUAUAAAAGCUCCUUUUUUGCAAUUAAGGGUUUCUUUGGUCGUACGGACAGAAUAAAAGGUCCUUUUCCCGCAAUCUAGGGUUUCUUGGUCGGCUCGUCACUUGCAAAACAGUAUAAAAGGUCCCUUGCGGUAUUUUGGUUGUUGGGCUGAACUCUGAAGCAGGAAGGAAUGUCGAAGAAACGCGGAAGAAUCACAAAUCCAGAGCCGUUCUUACCGUUGGGGUCCGAUGCGUUCUCCUCCUCCAAGAAACGGUCGAAACCACCGAAGCACCACCAGGUCCACCAGAAGCUGGUCCCCUGCGCCGUCAGCUCGAAGAUUCUCAAACAAGCCCAUCUUCAGCAAAAGGAAAUCCAGCAUGAGGAGGAGGAUAAUGAAAACGAUGAUGUGAAUAAGUUUGUGCUACCCCAAUUGCACGGCCUCAAAGACAACGACGAUGAAGAUGACGUGGAUGAUUUUGCUGGGUUCUCGGAGAACCCGACUCAAUUUUGGCAACCCGAUUUUGAGGUUGAAAUAGAUGAGGAAGAUGAAAAGCUGCUGGAAGACUAUCUAUCGAAGAGCACAUGGGCUAAUAAAUUAUUUGACAAGAUAAUAGAAAAAGAUGCCCAAGUUUCUUCAGGAGCUGCGCAACAGAUGUCGAACUUGAACCCCAAAUGGAUAGAGCUGUACAAGGAUGUGGGAAGUUGUCUGAGCAAAUACACCUCGGGCAAGAUACCAAAGGCUUUAAAGCACAUACCUUCAUCGGAAUGCUGGGAGGAACUGUUAUACCUGACCGAACCCGAAAAGUGGUCCCCGAAUGCAAUGUAUCAAGCAACAAGAAUCUUUGCUUCUAAUAUGAGUGAUCGGAAGGUGGAGAAAUUCUAUAAGCUGUAUUUGCUGCCACGUGUGAGACGAGAUCUUCACAAUAAUAAAACGCUGCACUUUGCCUUGUACCGAUCCGUGAUGAAGGCUGUAUACAAACCAGCUGCCUUUAAUAAGGGAAUCUUAUUUCCCUUGUGGGAGUCGAAGACAUGCACCAGAGUAGAAACUUCUAAGUUUCUGAGCAUCAUUGCGAAGAUUUCAAUUCCUGUUCUUCAUGCCAGUGUCGCGUUGUUGAAGCUUGCAGAUAUGGAGCACUUCAAUAAGAAAAGUUAUUUCAUAAUUUCACUAAUUGAGAAGAACUACGCAUUACCAUAUCGUGUAGUUGAUGCAUUGGUUGCUCACUUUAUGAGAUUCUAUGAAUACUCGAGCAAAUUGCCUGUUAUCUGGCAUCAGUCUCUUCAUGCGUUUGCACAAAGGUAUAAAAAUUCUUUGACAAAGGAGGACAAAGCCAAUCUAAAAAACCUAGUUGAAAGGCAAACACACAAAUUAAUUACACCUGGAAUACUAAUCGAGUUAAAUAACAGCCUUAACCGUGGGGAGGAACAGGAUGAUCUUAUGUCAAUCUCAAGAGCUCAUUUUGUAGCUAAAGAAGACAUGUCUGAUAUGCCAGAUGUACCACUGGAGGAUGAUUAUUAAUUCGCUCGACACCGUCUCACAUGUGUUCUCUGUUGGUGGAAGAUAAUUUGUGGCAAACCAUUUGCUGCCGGAUGAGUGUAGAUGAUAUUUUACAAUUCGUAUUGUUUUUAAGUAAAAAAAAUAUUUAUGUCUAUCUAUGUUCUCUACUAGUAUGAAUGUCAAUUACGGCAUUAUUUAAAUUAAUUCCUGAAAUACUGUAUUAUGAUUUUUCUUAUUCAAAUACUAUUUUCUUCUUCA